AUGUACUUCUUAAGGAAAUUUUGUUUUCUCUCUAAAAAACUACUAGUUCCCGGAUCCGGAAGCAGCGACACAUGGCCGAUAGUGUCAGUGAUCGUGUCUGUACUAUUGGUUGCCAUCUUGUUAUCUGAGGCGCUUCUUCUUACACUUGCACACAGGAGAGGCGGACUAGUUCUGUUAGGGAUCCUGAUAAGAUUUGAAAGUAAAACAGCAACCACCAUGAAAAAAGAGGAGGGCCACAUAAAACCAGAUCAAGACAGAGAAAUAUCAUUGAACUUGAGAGCAGGUCCAACGUACGAAGAGUUAAAUUUGAGUGGGAUUCAAGUUGAAAAGUAUGAGGCACUGGAACUCAAAUGACUAUUCUAA